AUGGUCAAUGCAGGAGACAUGAAUGGUUCUGGCAACCUGAUGGAUUUUCUGGAUGAGCCUUUCCCCGACGUUGGGACUUACGAAGAUUUCCAUACCAUCGACUGGCUGCGGGAAAAAUCACGCGACACUGACCGCCAUAGAAAGAUUACAAGCAAAAGUAAGGAAUCCAUAUGGGAGUUCAUCAAGAGUUUGCUGGAUGCCUGGUCAGGAUGGGUUGUAAUGCUUCUCAUAGGACUACUGGCAGGCACGUUAGCUGGAGUGAUAGAUUUAGCUGUGGAUUGGAUGACAGACCUGAAAGAGGGUGUCUGCCUGUCUGCCUUCUGGUACAGCCAUGAGCAGUGCUGCUGGACGUCUAAUGAAACUACAUUUGAUGACAGGGACAAAUGUCCCCAGUGGCAGAAAUGGUCUGAACUUCUUGUAAGCCAGUCUGAGGGUGCAAGUGCUUACAUUCUAAACUAUUUUCUAUACAUUAUGUGGGCUCUAUGUUUUGCUUUCCUGGCAGUCUCCCUGGUCAGAGUGUUUGCUCCCUAUGCCUGUGGCUCUGGAAUCCCAGAGAUAAAAACCAUCUUGAGUGGGUUCAUUAUUAGGGGCUACCUGGGAAAGUGGACACUUUUAAUCAAAACAGUCACCUUGGUUCUGGUGGUAUCUUCAGGCCUCAGCCUUGGGAAAGAGGGGCCGUUAGUCCACGUGGCCUGUUGCUGCGGAAACUUCUUCAGCAGCCUUUUCUCAAAGUACAGCAAGAACGAAGGAAAGAGGAGAGAGGUGCUCUCGGCUGCAGCCGCCGCAGGAGUUUCUGUUGCCUUUGGGGCUCCGAUUGGAGGCGUGCUUUUUAGCCUGGAAGAGGUCAGCUACUACUUUCCCCUAAAAACCCUCUGGAGGUCAUUUUUUGCUGCUCUCGUGGCUGCUUUCACACUGAGGUCCAUCAAUCCUUUUGGAAACAGCCGGCUGGUCCUGUUCUACGUGGAGUACCACACCCCCUGGUACAUGGCCGAGCUCUUCCCCUUCAUCCUGCUCGGCGUCUUUGGUGGCCUCUGGGGGACCCUCUUUAUCCGAUGCAACAUCGCCUGGUGCAGGAGGCGAAAAACCACCAGGCUCGGGAAAUACCCAGUCCUGGAGGUCAUAGUGAUCACGGCUAUCACCGCCAUCAUCGCCUACCCCAACCCCUACACCCGGAGGAGCACCAGUGAGCUGAUCUCAGAGCUCUUCAAUGACUGCGGUGCCCUGGAGUCCUCCCAGCUCUGCGACUAUAUCAAUGACCCAAACAUGACGCGGCCAGUAGAUGACAUUCCCGACAGACCGGCCGGCCCCGGAGUCUACACCGCCAUGUGGCAGCUCGCCUUGGCUUUGGUGUUUAAAAUUGUCAUCACGAUAUUCACUUUCGGCAUGAAGAUCCCUUCAGGUCUUUUCAUUCCCAGCAUGGCUGUUGGAGCCAUGGCUGGCAGGAUGGUUGGGAUCGGAGUAGAGCAGCUGGCAUAUCACCAUCAUGACUGGAUCAUCUUCAGGAACUGGUGCAGACCUGGGGCAGACUGCGUCACGCCAGGACUUUACGCUAUGGUGGGAGCGGCAGCUUGCUUGGGUGGUGUUACCCGUAUGACGGUCUCUCUGGUGGUGAUUAUGUUUGAGCUAACUGGAGGCCUGGAGUACAUCGUGCCUCUUAUGGCUGCAGCUGUCACAAGCAAGUGGGUGGCAGACGCCUUUGGGAAAGAAGGGAUCUAUGAAGCUCACAUUCAUCUGAACGGCUACCCGUUUCUGGAUGUGAAGGAUGAAUUCACCCACCGAACCCUGGCAACUGACGUCAUGAGACCGAGGCGUGGUGAAGCUCCUCUUUCUGUUCUGACGCAGGACAGCAUGACGGUGGAGGAUGUUGAGACACUAAUCAAGGAGACUGACUACAAUGGCUUUCCAGUAGUGGUUUCAAAAGACUCGGAGAGACUUAUUGGAUUUGCACAGAGACGAGAGCUGAUUCUUGCAAUAAAGAAUGCAAGACAGCGUCAGGAUGGGGUGGUGAGCAACUCUAUCGUGUAUUUCACUGAAGACCCCCCGGAACUGCCACCCAACAGUCCCCAUCCGCUGAAGCUGCGGCGUAUCCUCAACCUGAGCCCUUUCACUGUCACUGACCACACGCCAAUGGAGACUGUGGUAGAUAUUUUCCGGAAACUCGGACUCCGGCAGUGUCUUGUCACUCGCAGUGGGAGGCUGCUGGGUAUCAUAACUAAAAAGGAUGUAUUAAGACAUAUGGCUCAAAUGGCAAACCAGGACCCUGAAUCCAUCAUGUUUAACUAG